AUGCCUCUAUGUGUUACAUUUAUCGGAUCUGUGGUCACCAUCAAAUUUGCUAUACUAACGUCAAUGUUUAUAUGCGUAAUGGAUGCACUUCAUCUGUGCAAUUGCGCGGUGCUAUUCCUCCCGGUACUAGUAUUACUGUUAAUCGUGCCGGUAAACGUCAUUCCAACAUUCGCGAUGUCAUUGUAUAGUUUUUUCCUUGGCCUCUCUGGACUGUUAACUGCUUUCCUAGAGCCUUACGCUAUUACGAGUCUAAGUAUGCUUUACAGCCAAAAGCUAGUUGAUGAAUCGUUGCAAUGGCCAACCUUUAAUAAGGGGAUCAUCUUGGCCAUUACUGUAACGUGCUAUACAGCUUCGGUUAAGUUGGGCUUCCUUCUAUUGUUUCAGGGCGAAGCUAUGCUAUACUGGCCAAUAUUAUGUAUUGUGGUUCUGGCUAUCCUUAUCGGCACAGCUUCUAUCAUUAAAGAUGAAGCAUUUGCGGAUUUCGGCAAGCUCUUAUUGGGUUACUAUUUAUCGGGAAUGUUUUUGUUACAAGUUUUCAUUCGAAUAAGCUCCUUUCUUUAUAUGCUAAGCAUUAUUAUGCAAUAUGUGCAGGAAAGUCCCAUGGUGACAGUAGAUAAGAAUGUGUCAUCAUUUCCGAACAUUUUACAGAUUCUUAUCACAAUUUUUGCCUAUACCGAGCUUCUGCUCACUGUUGCGGUUAAUAUACGAAGUGAUAUAAAUAUUCCAGCGUGGCAGUUACGAUUCUUUAUUUCCAAUCGUAGCAUUAAGAGGUCAUACCGCUGA